AUUCUGCUAUGUGCUCAUCUUUCUCACUAAUUUUAAGGCCCUACAUUCUCCCUUUCUCUCCAGGGCCUUCUCGAGUUGAUUCUUUACAGCAAAUGGUUUCUGGUCUGCUUGCUGCUGCAAGACUCCAGCCCCACCCUUAAUAGAGGCGCGUAACUAUUCCUUCACUAAACCCUUUCUUUCUCUCCUGGCUCCGUCAUGCCAAAGCUGAAGGUCCCCGGGGAGAAUCAGAAGCCUCGUCUCCACUCAAAGAAACUAUCAGGAGCCAAGAAAAUAGCACUGAAGACUCGAUUGAACAACAAGAGAGAGACUACUCGUGAUGAUAAAGGCAAGAAGAGUUCACUACUGGGGAAGAGAAAGAAUGGGACGCUUAGACUCUCUUUUUCUAAAACCUUCGGAGCUUCAGACGAUGAGGAUUGUGAUUGGGAAGGUUUUACAAUUGAAGAUAUUGAAAACGCUGAACAUAAGAAAGAAGAAGGUGCUCCUUUAGAAAAUGGUCUACUAAUGGAGACAGACUCUCUCGAUUCUCUUCCUUUCAUCUCUCCCUCUUCCUCAAAGAGAGUCCACGCCCUCAGCCACACCCCCAACGAUGACCCCGCCCUCAGUGAUGACCACUCCCCCGUCAGGCUACUCAAGAGGCGGAGGAGGUGCCUGGAGUGCAAGGCGUGCCUGAGAGAGAACGACUGCGGGAAGUGUACCAACUGCCUUGACAAGCCAAAGUUUGGAGGCCCAGGGAGCAGAAAGCAAGCUUGCAUUCAUAGAAAGUGUUUGAAUCUACUUCGUGAAGCUGCUGUCAAGUCUUCUCAAUCAAACAAAAGAGUUCAAUCUUCAGAUUCUCAUGCUCCUCCUUCAAAGCGUCCACUAAGAGAGGAUGGAGGAGGUGGUCCCAUGCCCAGUUCCCUAAGGCCUCGUCGUAUCCUUCCCUCAUCACAAAGCAAGACCAAAGACAAUCAGCCAGUGAUACAGCUGUACUGGCCUCCAGCUGACAGUAUUGAAUAUGGUUACCCAGUCUACACCACUUCUCUCUCUCCCUCCCUCCCUCCCUCUCUCCCUCUCUGCACGAGGUGUGGUAGUCUUGGCUCUGAGUCCUUCCUCUACUGUAGGAUCUGUUGCCAGCCCUACCACUGGUUCUGUGCUAAUGUACCUCAGACCACACCCACUUUCACCUGUCAGCAGUGCAUCACUUGUAGAAUCUGUGGGAAGCCAAAUAAGUGCGUCAGAUGCUGUGAGUGCAAUGAAUGGUAUCACGAGGAUUGUCUGUUAGGCCACACCUCCCGCCCACGCACUGACAACAAACGAGUUUGGAAAUGUGUCACAUGUACUAAAUGUAUCAGUUGCCAUAGCAACAUGCCAAAUAAGAUUGAUGAUUCUGGUAGGUCCUUAUUAUCAUCAUUAUUAGCCACGCCCACACAAUGGUCAGAUGGAUACUGCUAUUGCAGUGACUGUAUCGUCUUGAAAGCUAAAGGUAACAGCUGUCCAGUGUGCGGUGAGUGUUACCUUGACAAUGACUUUGACUCAAAGAUGGUCCAAUGCAGUCAGUGUGAUAACUGGGUCCACUCUCACUGUGAGAACAUGACAGAUGAGGAGUAUGAGAUACUAUCAGACCUUCCCGACAGUGUUGAGUAUGUCUGUAGACUGUGUAUUGCUUAUAACAGGACAGUGAAGGAGGAUAAGAAGAGGAGGAGGGAGGGGGAGGGAGAGGAGGAGGAGGAGGUGGAGUGGAGAGCAGCUGUUAAUGGAUUUAAACAUGAAGCUUAUGAGAAGAUGAUAUCAUCAAUAAAGACAGCCCUGGGACCGAUAUGGGUCAAUGAUAUCAACGUUCUGACUCCUCUCCUCUCAGUGAAUGAGUUUGCUAACAGGAUCAGUGAGCAGCUGUCAAAGUGUUUCUCUGGUAUCAAGACUGGCUCUCAUAAACACAGACUUCUCUUCUCAUCACAACAAUCUUAUAACAAGGAACUUGAGAAGCUGUUUCCAUGGUUCAAUAUGGAGAUGAGUGAUGCUGUGAAGAAUGAAGCUCCUCCCACUGACACGCCCAUUGCUGAUGACAUCAAUGAUAUUGAGAACUGGCUGUCCUCAGUAUCACAUGAUCAUUGCUACGUGUCACAUGACAAAAAAGGAACCAUCAAACAAGAAGAGGGCAAAAGGAAAGAAGAGGAGGAGGAGGAGAGAGGGACAGUGGGAAAAGAUGUGCCUGCUGAUAAUCGAUUUUGCUUACUUUGCACUUUAAAAGGAGAUCAAUCUUCAACUGAUGCUGGUAGGCUCCUCCCGUGUGGUGGAAUGGAUGAGUGGGUUCAUGUUAACUGUGCCCUUUGGUCUGCUGAAGUAUAUGAGGACACUAAUGGCUACCUGUGUUCAGUCCAUGCCGCCAUUGGGAGAGGACUGAGACUGAAAUGUGACCUCUGUCACUUACACGGUGCUACUGUUGGUUGUUGUCACUCCAGCUGCUCCUCUAACUACCACUUCAUGUGUGCUAGGAAGAAGGAUUGUAGGUUCUUAAGUAAUAAAGAAGUCUAUUGCCAGCAGCACUCCUCUCUACCUGUUACCAGUGACACUGUUAAAGAUGAGGACAUGAGAGUUGACAGGUGUAUCAUUAUACACACUGAUAAUGACAAGCCUGGGAGGAAAUUCACUAAAUCAUUUCCACCACAAAACAUUCAACUAAGAAUAGGAUCAUUAUUAAUACGUUCCACUGGCUCCCUCUCUCCUCUCUCUGAUACAAUAUGUCCAUCACUUCUCGUCCCUCACAGUUUCUCCUCCUCCUCUCUCUUCUGGAGCCUGACCACGCCCACCCAACGGAUCACCUACACUCUCACAGUAUCAGCUGAUCUUCCUAAGGAAGAGCCACUCCCUUUAACCACACCUACUCCUGAAACCCCACCCACUUCACCUGGUGAUUUAAGAUGGCCGUAUGUCAGCACUCAAGUUAAUGAUUCUGAUAAUGAGGGGGUGUGGUCAGCAGUGUCCUCUAAAAGUCAGAUAUUAUCAAGUCCAUCUCUAAUUAAUAAUAAUGUAACAGAUAAGUCUAAUCCUGAGAUUGCUUUGAGGAUAUUUCGUAUUCCAAAGAAGACUCGUUCCUCUUCCUCCUCUCCCCCUCCUACCCUCGCCAUUGGACUAACCAUCACCGCCCCCUCACCAGUAACCAGUGUCCAUUGUCCACAGUCUCACAAAGAGGAGGAGACCGUUAGACCAGUGUUACCAUUAGACUCACCUGCUCUCAAUCAGUGGGAGAUAGGGUCACCUCCUCAUAGUGUGAACAGUGUCCAGUAUGAGCUCAGUAAUGAGGAGGGGCAGUCAUGGAGGGGACCUGAUCUUAAAGUGUUAUGGGAGUCAGUGAUUAGUGAGUUACAAGAUGCCAGACACAAACUGGACCUUCCCUUUGUCCCUUUCUUUCCUGAUAAUGUCUACAAUCAGUUUGGACUCUCCAAUCAUCUUGUCCUCCAGCUGCUGGAGCAGUUACCCGAUCAUGAGAAAUGCUCCAGACACAAUUUCAUUUAUUACCAACCGGAGAAGAUAUCUAACUGGCAACAGAAGAGGGUGAUUGUUAAUAGAACUGGCUGUGCUAGAAGUGAAGGCUAUAAUGGUAUAAGGUCGGAGUCAGACAUGUUUAGUUUCCUAAUGUCCCAGUGGAGGCCUGAUCCACCUAAACCUGAUCCAGAGGCACUUGACAUGGCAGUAAUACAAGCUGAAUGUCAGGGGAACAGCAAUACUCGUCAUCAGCCUCAGAAUGAUGUCCCCGUUGCUAUGCGUUACCGGGCGUGUCAGCGGAUGUAUCGUGAGAAUGUGGGCGUGUUUGGUUCCCAUAUUCACGGGCUGGGCCUCUUCUGUCUCCAGGAGAUUGACUCCGGUGAUAUGGUCAUUGAAUAUGCUGGUACUGUAAUCCGAUCCACCCUCACUGACUAUCGGGAGCGGUUCUACGAGAGUAGAGGUAUCGGGUGUUACAUGUUUCGUAUUGACAGUGAUGAAGUGGUGGACGCUACAAUGUCCGGAAACAUGGCUCGAUUCAUUAAUCAUUCUUGUGAGCCGAAUUGUUACAGUAAAGUUGUAGCAGUUGAUGGUCAGAAGAAGAUUAUGAUAUUUGCUCUGAGACGGAUUGUUCCUGGUGAAGAAUUAACUUAUGAUUAUAAAUUUCCAAUUGAAGAAGCUAAAAUUCCUUGUAAAUGUGGCUCCGCCCGUUGUAGAAAAACUCUAAACUAAGAGAUUCUAUUUUCUUAUUUUUUCUUUAAGAAAAGAUUGCACACACUCCCACCCACCUCACUCUCACUCUGUUCUCUUUUUCUUUGCAAUUUUUUACAUAUUA